AUGGCUGCACUUGUUAACUAUAUUCCAAUCUUUGGGUUCUCGCUGCUCCUUUGCUACUUGUCCUGCAGUGGUUGUUAUCCAGCUCACUCAGACGAUGUGGUGGAUGGGCGAGGGAAAACAGUUUCAGCCAUACAUUCGUUUCAAGGUGAUCGAGACAUUACUCACCGACAUCCAUCCCUACGACACCACUAUCAUCCUGACGCAUGCCUGGCCCGAUGUGUGCAUCUGCCCGGGUCAAAUAUUUCCCAGCCAACGCCUCCUCUUACUGACGCAUUCAAGACCCUCCAGGCAGACGCUGCGGUUUUCUCAGGAGACAGUGUUUCUUACUCGCGUGAAGCGCUUUGCGAGACGGAUCAGGGUAAAUGCUGGCUGGAGGAGGAUCACUUUUCUAUCCUUAUCUGUGGCAAAGUAUCUUUUAAAUCAAAACAGAAGCCAGUUUAA